GUGGAAGUGAGUGAGACAGGCAUGGCCGACAACACCGAGCUCAAGUCCAGGAGGGAAAACCCAGAUUCCAGGAAUUUUGCUAUUUCGGAGGGCGGGCUUGGAUGCUGCGGCUGGUGUUUGGUGAUUCUGUCCUUCAUCUUCACAAUCCUCACCCUCCCCAUAUCAAUAUGGAUGUGCAUAAAGAUUAUUAAGGAAUAUGAACGAGCUAUCAUUUUCAGACUCGGACGUAUCCUGCAAGGUGGAGCAAAGGGACCAGGUCUGUUCUUCGUUCUCCCCUGCACUGACAGCUUCAUCAAUGUGGAUAUGAGGACCAUUUCAUUUGACAUCCCUCCCCAAGAGAUCCUGACAAAGGACUCAGUCACCGUCAGUGUAGAUGGCGUUGUCUACUACCGGGUCAAUGAUGCUACCCUGGCAGUGGCAAAUAUUACCAACGCAGACUCUGCCACCCGUCUCCUGGCUCAGACCACCUUGAGAAAUGUCUUGGGGACUAAGAACCUGUCCCAGAUCCUCUCUGACAGAGAAGAGAUUGCCCAUAACAUGCAAUCCACGCUGGAUGUUGCAACAGAUGACUGGGGUAUCAAGGUGGAGCGAGUAGAGAUUAAGGAUGUGAAGCUGCCCAUUCAGUUGCAGAGAGCGAUGGCGGCAGAAGCAGAGGCUGCAAGGGAAGCCCGAGCCAAGGUCAUAGCAGCAGAGGGGGAGAUGAACGCCUCCCGUGCCCUGAAAGAAGCCUCCAUGGUCCUCUCCGAAUCCCCAGCCGCCCUGCAGCUGCGCUACCUACAAACGCUGACCACCAUCGCCUCUGAGAAGAACUCCACCAUCGUCUUCCCUCUGCCCAUCGACCUGCUGAACGGACUGAUGAAAAAAUAGAUUCUGAGGUUUAAGAACGGCCAAAUGUAAUUCAAAGUGAUCAUUUCCUGGUCGGCUUUCUCUUCUCGCCGAGUCCGGUUUUCCGAAACCAUUUCUGUGUCCAAAAAUUAUUUCAUCUAAGUUUUGAUUUUGAUUCUUUGACCCAUUAAAACUGUUUGGGGAAAUUAGAUGUUUGUAAAUCUAUGAAUAUAAUAAAUAGACGCUGACAAAUGUUAUCCUAUUCUUCUGUUACUCCCGGGGGGGGGUCACUAAGCAGUUUGGUAAGAUGCUAUUUAGGGGUGCACGUUGAGUAGCCCCAGUACUAUGGAGAAACCACAGCUACGUGUGUGUAACGCAGAAAACAAUGAUAAAAUAUAUAGAUUUUUGGGAGCAGAUUACAAUGUAAAUAAGCUUUGCUAUGAAUCUGCAGGGAGUCUCACAGAAGACAAAGUUCUGCAUUGCACUCUCAGUCGGCACCAUGUGUGUGUUAGUUUCAUUGAGGAUCUGUUUUGUUUUUAAUGAAUUGCACUGUUUUUGUAUCAUUGUACCAAAUAAAUACUCGCUUUAACUGUG